AUGGCCAGCCAUGAACAGAGUCUCCAGCCUGACAACCUGAGCCCCCAGCCGAGCACCUCAAGGUAUCCCCUGGAGGUGAGAGUAAUUCAGGUCAACCCAAGACCACCAUCAGCCCCCCGCGUGGAUUCCAGCCCCCCGCCCCCCAGUACAGGUGGCUGUAAGCGGAAGAGGAAGAGGAAGAGGUCCACCGAGGAGACAGCAGGGGAGGAGUCAGAGGCGGAGACCGCCCCCAGGCCUGACAACACCUGGGUCGUAGAGACGCUGUGCGGCCUGAGGAUGAGGCUGAAGAAGCAGCGCACGUCCACGGUGCUGCCGGAACACCACGAGGCCUUCGCCAGGCUGCUCAAGGACCCUGUCGUGAAAGGGUUCCUGGAGUGGGACAGAAGCCUGAGGCUCACAGACAAGUACCUGCUGGCCAUGGUCAUCGCUUACUUCAGCCGCGCGGGCCUCUUCUCCUGGCAGUACCAGAGGAUUCACUUCUUCCUGGCCCUCUACCUGGCUCUGGACAUGGAAGAGAAUUACCACGCCCCUAAAGAGGCCAUCUUUUCCUUCCUCUAUGGGGACAGCAACUGCGCCCGGCGUCCCUUGUUCCACAAACUGCGGUUUCAGUUCUUCCGCUCCAUGGGCUACAGGGCGUGGGUCACCAAGGAAGAGUGCGAAGAGAUUCACGCCUUUGAUCCUGACCUGUGGGUGUGGAAGCGGGACCGCAGUCUCCUUCCUGAAAUCAAGGAGCCUGAGGUAGGUGUGCAGGAAGGCAGGGCUGUGUCUGCAUGGGUCCAGAGGGAAUGACUGGUUGUC